GGGCAGACGACACCCCCAUCGACUCAUGAUCGUUAGUGACAGAGAUGUCCGCUUCACAAGUGAGUUGUGGAAGAAGACUGCUGAGCAGAUGGGCAGUCAACUUCAGAUGACUUCAGGGAAUCAUCCCGAAGCCAACGGACAGGCCGAGCAGAUGAACAGAGUUGUACAACACCUGCUGAGGCAUUACAUCAAGCCCAGCCAGGAUGACUGGGAUGAGAGGUUGCCUCUCAUCGCCUGCCUGUACAACAACGUUGUACACAACAGUACCGGUGUUAGUACUAAUCAGCUACACUUGGGAUGGAAGCCUAGAUCAGCUCUGGACUUCCUCCUACCUGAAAGUCGACCCUCUGCAACUCCAGGCACACUUGACUAUCGUGUGCAGUAUAAGAAGUUGCUAGAGCAAGCUGUCGAGCACAUCAGGAAAGCUCAGCAACCAAUGAUUGCUUCGGAGAACAGACAUCGUCGACAGUCCUCAUUUCAGGUAGGGGAACGUGUCUGGGUCAAGGCUAGUGAGCUAGGACAGAAAUUUGGUAUCUCUCGAAAACUAAUGCCUCGGUAUUUUGGUCCCUGGGAAGUCCUAGACAUAGUUGGGGAUGAGAUGGAUGGUCCUACCUAUGUUAUUCGCAUCCCUAGUCACUUACGCACUCACCCUGUCUUUCAUGCCUCAAAGCUUGCACCUUUCGCUGAGACAGAUCAAUUCCCUUCAAGGAGAUCGAUGCUGCCCCCAACCAUGAAUGGCCAAGUGGACAUCGACGACAUUGUGGAUCACAGAGACAUGCCUGUUCCAAAGCCACUGGGUAGAGGAAGACCUCCCAAACCCAAGAGAGAAUAUCGCGUCAGAUUCAAGCAUCAUACGGAUCCAAAAGAAGAUCGGUGGUUCACCAGAGAGGACCUGAUUGACACAGCUCCUCAAGUGGUGGCAGAAUAUGAGAGGAUGUUAAAAGGGAAGGCACCUGCGAAGUACUGGGCCCCAGGCGCAGGCUCAAGGCAGACCGCCCACACGCAACACUGGCAUAUAGGCAGAACAGGCGAGUGGGCGAGGAUCUUGGCCAUUGCGAGCAAUGCCGGCACGCUGAAGCACUGCGAGGUGCUGCGCUGCGCUAGGCUGAGGGAGGAUCCGCAACCGGACGACCGACUCUUGCGAUCGGCUAGACACCCGAUUGCCCAUUUGGCGUUAGGACCAGAGGGUGACAGAUAUUUGUUCCGCAAGCGUAGGGAGAGGCAGCAGCAGCAGAGGAGAGCUAGCGCAGCAGAGGCUAGCAGGGCGUUCGUAAGCGAAGUCGCAGCUUCAGCAGCCAUGGCCACUUCUGCGCAGCAAAGUUCUCAGGCUGGUAGUUCAAGAUCUGUAGGGUCAACGGUCGCGCAGACCAUGAGUCACCCCACUGGCGUAAUGGCAAGCCAACCCCUAGUAAUGACUCCCGAGGAGGUCGCCAUACAACGAGCUGCUGAUCGUGAGGCACAGCUACAGCAGGUUUUAGGGGAGAUUAAGGCAGAGAAAGAGAGAAUGAUUAGAAGAAAAGCCAAGAUGCAGCGGAGACAAGCGGACGUCGGUGAGUUAGAGGAAAUGGACCUUGCAGAGAUGGAUGAUGGAUUGAAGCCCGAUGACGCGAAGGUGGCCAGCAUUCGUAACUGGCCGCGUCCUCAGUCUGUGACUGAGACGAGGUCUUUCUUAGGGAUGACCGGCUACGAUCGCAACUUCGCAAAGAACUAUAGCAUAGUUGUCGCCCUUUUGACUGACCUGACUCGCCUCGAUACCCCAUGGGAUUGGACAGACAGAUGCGAAGCUGCCUUCAGACAUCUGAAACAUGUGUUGACGCAUCAUGAGGUCUUCAAACUUCCUGAUCCUGACAAGCCAUUUAUAGUAACUACGGAUGCUAGCCAGUUUGGCAUAGGCGCCGUACUUGCACAACAGGAGGGGAAGAAGUUGAGGCCAGUGGAAUACAUGUCCAAGAAAAUGUUGUCUCAGAAGUUGGCCAAGUCCACCUAUGAGAAGGAACUCUAUGCGGUGUACAAGGCUCUGACUCAUUGGAGGCAAUAUCUCCUUGGGAGGUUCUUCAUCCUCAGGAGUGAUCAUCAGACCCUGAGAUGGAUGAGAACUCAGUUGGUGCUCUCUGACGCUCUGAAGCGUUGGAUCGAAGUUAUUGAGCAGUAUGACUUUGACCCGCAGUAUCUGAAAGGGGAGUACAACAAGGUUGUUGAUGCCUUGUCGCGUAGACCUGAUUUCUCAUGUGCGCUGAUUACUGAGUUCGAUCUUACGGACGAUGUUACUCGCUGCCGACAAGAAGACUUCUGUCGAGUUUGAGUUGGUCAACGGCUUGUUGUUCCUUGAGAAGGAGGGGAGUAAACGUUUGUGUGUCCC